AUGGUGACUCGUAGGUCAGUGUUUGACAACAACAACCAUCCAGGGACGAGUUCCUUAACAGAAACCAGUAAGAGUCCAGUACAAACUGUUACCGCCAAGAAACCAAAGGCAAGGGAGACAUCAAAGAUUCAAAGUUUCUUGAAUGCAGCAGCAGAUGAUGGUUAUUCGGAGCAGAGUGCGUUGGCUGCUUUGGCGAGUUUGGGUGUUGAUGCAGAAGAAGACGACUUGCUGUUAUGGUGUCUAGAAGAAGCCGACGAAGCUGAUAUCGAGGCUCUUUACGAAGAUGCAAAGCGAAAUCCCAUGAUCGCUCCUCAUCCAUACCUGUUCUUCAAUCAAGACCACAUAACUAUGACGUUUCUUGGUUUCUUCAUCAAUUCUGCUGGUGAUCUUGUUGACCCACAAACAAGUCAAACUUUGGAGAAAGGUUUAAUGUCGAAACCAUUGCGAAAUGGACUGCAGGCCCAACGUGUCGAUUUUGCAACAAACAUAGAGACCUCUCGCAAAGAGGACAAGAUAAAUCACUUAUGCUCUGUGAUGGGUGUAAACUGGUUGUACGAUCCAGACAGAACCUAUGAACUAACCACAGACAACGUCGAGAAGAUUCUAGCUAUUCAUAUGAGGUUCAGAUGUAAUAUCCCUGUGAUCGUGAUGGGUGAGACUGGUUGUGGAAAGACCCGUCUAAUUCGAUACAUGUGCGGCUUACAAGCAGGUCCUGAAGGACCCCGAAACAUGCUUCUUGUUAAGGUUCAUGGAGGUACAACAUACGAAGAUAUCACGCUUAAAGUUAACCAAGCAGAAGAAAUGGCUCGCGAAAAUCAAGACAAGAAUAUUGACACGGUUUUAUUCUUUGAUGAAGCUAACACUACAGAGGCACUGACCAUGAUUAACGAAGUUAUGGUGGACCGAAGAAUCAAUGGUCGGCCUAUUGGACAAGGAUUAGAAAGGCUACAGUUCAUAGCUGCCUGUAAUCCUUACAGAAGGCACACAGAUGAUAUGAUCCACAAGCUGGAGUCAGCUGGUCUUGGAUAUCACGUAAAAGCAGAUGAAUCAGAAGAUCGGCUGGGUCAUAUCCCGUUGCGUCAUCUCGUCUAUCGUGUACACGCCCUCCCAGGGAGCAUGCGCCCGUUGAUAUGGGAUUUUGGUCAACUGAAACCAGAUGUAGAGAGACUGUAUACUAACCAAAUUGUCAGCCGCUACAUUCUUCACGAAGGCCAACUAGCAGGAGACUUUUCGACAGUGAAAGCAGUCGCUGAGGUAUUGGCAACCUCGCAAAAAUAUAUGAGAGAUCAAUCGGAUGAGUGCAGCUUUGUUAGUCUUCGUGAUGUCGAAAGAGCCAUGCAAGUGAUGGUCUGGUUUUAUAAGCACGUGGACGCACUCGGAAGACUUAUGAGAAAGGUGAUCUCUGAGCAACGAAGGGAGGAAGGUUUAGACGUCAAUGAAGAUGAGGAGGAGGAAGAGGAUUCAAUCACCCCUCUUACCCGUGCCCUGGUACUCGCCAUUGGUGUCUGUUAUCAUGCCAAGCUUCAGGAGCGGCGUAAACAAUAUCGUAUCGUCGUGGCACGCAGCUUUAAGGCGCCAUGUUUGCUUCCAGGUGGUCACAAGCAGAUCCUUCAAGAGAUUUCAAGUUGUCAAAAAGCUGUGCUAAACGAGUUGGCACUCGGCCCCAACAUCGCACGCAACACAGCUUUGAGUGAAAAUGUGUUUAUGAUGGUGGUGUGCAUUGAGCUCAGGAUCCCAUUAUUUGUGGUUGGAAAACCAGGCAGCUCAAAAUCUUUGGCUAAGACAGUUGUUGCUGAUAACAUGCAAGGCGAUGCUGCAAGAUCUCCGCUAUUCAAGACCUUCAAGCAGGUCCACAUGGCAUCAUAUCAGUGCAGUCCUCUUUCAACCCCUGAGGGUAUCGUGGCGACUUUCAAGCAGUGUAGUAAGUUACAAGAAGGAAAAAUUAAAACCUCAGUUAGAUAUGUACUUGGAGAUUUUGGUGAAGGACGUGAAAGUCUGCAACAGAAUGGGACUGCUACAAAAAAAGAUCAAAACAAGUUACCUUUCGAUCAACAAUUGGGGCCAAUGCAGGCACCCGACGAUGACCUCAGUGCUUCCCCUGUUCAACAGGAGGAAGCUGGAGCUUAA